AUGGAGCUCAAAGGCAAUGGGGCCACCUACCGUAAGCUGGAGGAUCUGCUGAACGCGCUGCAUGGGAAGGCGAACGGGGAGCAGGCCAAACUUCUGCAGCGUCUCCAGGAGGAAGUGGAGGUCGACAAGAGCUAUUUCCUGUGCCACUUGCUGGAAGUCCAUGGACAGCUUGUUGAAACAGUUGGGAGAAGAGAGCAGGAAGCCAAAGAAGGGCAAGUAGUCAAUCCAACAAAGACAAAAUCAAAGGAUUUUUGGGAAAAUGAUCUCCCAGAGUCGUUAAUCAAAGGAACGCCCUUUGUUACCUACUCUCAUUCACGUUCUCAAAGGCGUUUGUACCCACCACCUACACGGAGGAAUGAACAAGGCUUGGAGAGCUCAUCUGGAUGUAAAGAAUCUGACACAAUCCCAGAUUGCAUAUCCCCAGUUACAGAAAAUACCAGCAAGGGAGAUCUUUCUGGAACCAUUGUUGAUGAGAUUUUACCUGAGGUGUGUUGGGACCUCCAGAGUUACAGUUCAUCUGUGGAAAAUCUGACUCCAUCCAGAUGUUCCGAAGACGACAUGGAGGACGGGAGUGGAGCAGAUCACGAGUACCUGGUACAGCAGAACUCCGAGCUGUUAAGAGGGCUGGAAGAGCUGGAGAAGACCGUGGCUACUCUCAGAGAAGAGAACAUCCUUCUGCGAAAGAGCAGUUGCCCUGAGACGGAGGAGAAGGUGAAGAGGCUGAGGAAGAAAAAUGCUGAACUGGCCGUCAUCGCUAAGCGCUUAGAGGAGAGGGCACGCAAGCUACAGGAGGCCAAUCUUAAAGUGGUGAAUGCCCCUAUCCCUAUCAAACCAGGUGCUGUAGAACAAUAUAAGAGAGCAUUUGCGAGGCAGCGGGCACGGGACCUGGCACAGCAUGCAGACACGCUUCUCUCCAAAGAUAAAGAGAUCGCCGCCCUGCAGAAUGAGUGCCGACAGCUAGAGGCCAAAAUAGGACAGGCCAAGGGUAGUCCUGUCCCGGCGGCACCGUUGGAGUUCGAGCGGCUCCUUAGGGAGUCUCAGAAAGAGGUGUUGCGUCUGCAGAGGCAGCUCUCGGUCAGUUCAGCCCAGGAACAGCACUCCCUCGAAGGACCAAAGGAAGACAAGGAUGAGAAAGAGGAAAAGAUUAUAUGUGAUACCCCGCAUGCUGUGGUAGAUGCCGUCAAAGGGGAGACGACCUGUGGAGAGGAGAAGGAGCCUAGAACACAAGUAAUUCCUGAGCAGGACCUCGGCUCUGCUCACCAGCAAGAGGACCGUUUAGAGUUUCUGGAAGGUGAGUUGAGCAAGAAGAGAAAAGAAUGUGAAGACAUUGGGCAUGAAGUAAGGAAAAGGCAGAAGAAAUGUCUGGACUUGGAGAGCCAGCUUGAGGAUGAGCGCAGCAAAAAUGAACGCUUGGCAGAGGAGGCCGAGCUCCUCAGGAGGAAGGCUCAGCUGCUAGAGCAGUCUCAUGCUGAAAAUGAGGAGCUGAGGGACGAGCUCUCAGCCUUGAGCGCUCAGUACAGUUCAGUUCUCGAGGAGAACCAGAGACUUCGUGCCAAACUGGAGAACCUAGAGCAGGUCCUGAAGCAUAUGCGAGAGGUCGCAGAGCGCAGGCAACAGCUGGAACUGGAACACGAGCAGGCCUUGGCUAUCCUCAAGUUCAAGCAGGAUGAGAUCAAACGACUUCAGAGGGCUCAGUUAUUUGCCAAGAGGGAACAUGAAGGGGUCGUGCAAAAGCUGGAGAAAACAUUGGACUGCAUGCAGGCGAAGGUGCAGGAGCUGGAGCAGAAGUGCCGGAAUCAGAGCGAGCAGUUCGGCCUGCUCUCUCAAGAGCUGGAAAAAUUUCGCCAGCAAGCCUCCAAGAUCGACCUGUCAGCUCCUGGACUCCUGUGCUCCGGAAUUACACUCCCCAAUGGACUCAACCUGUCCACAGAUACCGGCACUAAUGCCUCAUGGGACGACAUCGCCUUUUGGAGUCUGGAGGGCAACGAGGCCCUCUGUGACAUCUCUGAGCAUGAUCUGGCCGCUGUGCUGCGGUCCGGCUCGGCACCGUACGCUGCGGGUCUGUCCCGGUCAGAGCGUUCGCCCGCCACGAAACACCGCGAGCUUCCCAGCCCGAGUCUGAAGUCGAGCUCCACUUCCAGCACCUCUCCGCCCAAGUCCACCCACCUGUCGCCCAAAUCGGCAUCGGACUCCCGCAAGGCCAGCCCUACGCCUGAGGUGGACACCGCUAGUGAAGUUGAAGAGCUGGACAUUGAUGUAUCACCUUCUCCGUUUCCGGCCAGUCGAGGAGCUGCUAAACUCCAGGUUUUUAUCGCUCGUUACAGCUACAACCCGUACGAUGGGCCCAACGAUAAUCCAGAGGUGGAGCUGCCCCUCACAGCUGGAGAAUACAUCUACGUUUAUGGAGACAUGGAUGAUGACGGCUUCUAUGAAGGAGAGCUGAUGGACGGUCGUCGAGGUCUUGUCCCAUCCAACUUUGUUGAGCGUGUCUCGGACGACGAUGCACAUGAGGCUCCUGACUUUUCCCACAAUUCCUUUCAGGAGAGCAGUUUCCUUAGCAACUCAGAGAGACUGCAUCAGCGCCAGCACCAUGUGCGUUUUGGCCACAGCACCACUGAGAGGACGGAGGCCUCGGCUAGCUCUGAAAAUACCAAGACUCCUACUGUGCCCCUCUGCAACGGCUUAGACCUAGACCUGGACCUGGAAGAGGAAAUGGGGACUAACACUGUGCCUCAUCCAUGCAAGCUGACUCUUAUCAAGCAGCUCGGCAAAAGCAUAGUGGUGGGCUGGGAGGCGCCACCGGUGGUCCGCAUACAGAGCUAUAACGUUUACGUGGACCAGGAACUUCGGCUCAGCGUGCCUACCGGUAACCAAACCAAGGCGGUACUGGAACGCCUGGAUUUAAUCAGUAGGGCUCAUCGCGUGGCCGUGCAGAGCAUGACCGGACAUGGCACUUCAGACCCCCUGCGCUGCUGCAUGCUGAUAGGGAAGGAUGUGACCCCAGCACCCACUGACUUAAAGGUGGAGCGUGUUAUGGCCACAUCAGCCCAUCUUACCUGGCUACCCAGCAACAGCAACUACGCACAUGCAGUCUCGCUAAACGGCGAACUGCGUGAGCUGGCUGAGGCCGGCCGCUACUCGGCCCACCUCGGUGGUCUCACACCUGGCCUGAAUUACCGUGUUGAGGUGGAGGCGCAACUGCCAACAGAGCGUAGGGAGCGCAAAUGUGCCAUGACCACCUUCACUACGCUUGCCGCAGGUCCUCCUGAUGCUCCUCUGGAUGUGCAGCUGGAACAGGGUCCUUCACCGGGUAUUGCUCAGAUCAGCUGGCUGCCUGUCACCAUCGAUGCUGCCGGCACGUCCAACGGGGUCCGCGUCACCGGCUACACCAUCUACGCUGACAAGAAGAAGGUGCUGGAGGUGUCCUCGCCCACUGCAGGCAGUGCUCUGAUUGGCUCCUCUCAGAUAGAAGCUCUAAAAUCGGCGCGUGAGCUCACUGUGCGCACCAUGUCCCCUCACGGCGAGUCAGCUGACUCUGUGCCUGUUAAUGUGCCUGUUAAACUGCCUGCCAUCAUGGCGGGUUCCUCCACGCCUCUGUGCCAGCCUGUGCCAGGUCAUGCCAGUGCCCUACCCACCGGUGCCGCCAACACCGAGCCUGUUGUGGAUGCCACCCUAGUGUCUGCUGCCAAAACGCCCACAGUGGCCCUCGGCUCCACGCCACAUGGCUGUUCAAACACACCCAAAGCUGCCACCGAUGAUGCCCCUCUGCCAGCUGCCUCUUAUGUCGAAGCAUGGGCGAACCCAGCCGUGGCUGCGCAGGCAGCAUGUCCACUUCCUGGUGCCACUGCCAACCUUCCGGUAAGUGUGCCUGCACCGAUGGUUGUGCCUGCUCCUCUGCCAGUCCCAGCGCCCAUGCCAAGAGCCACUCCACUCGCAUCCACGUCUUCAGCCCAUCCCAGUGUGGUCCUUACAGCGACACCAGAGCCUUGCAGAGAGACCGAGAGCCCUGUGGCAAAACGUCCGACCCCCUCCGUCUCGGAUUUCCUGGACGAACAGUGCCCCUCGCCUCACAUGUCUCCAUUAGUCCCCAGUAUACCCCAGAUCACGGCCCCUGGGACAGACGCGCUUAAUGUGCACAGUAAACCUCCGCUGAGGCCGGCCAGCUCCUCUCCUGUGGAGUCAGAGACAGAGGGGGAGGUGCAGAGUGCUCGACUGGUUUCCAUCGAGGAGUUUUUGCGGCCCGAACCCCAGCCCAGGAUAAAGGUGUAUGCCGGCGGUCUGAUGGACCCUCCUCCUGACUAUCACGUGGACAGCAGCCGCUCAGACCUGUCUGAUAUUCUGGAGGAGGAGGAAGAGGAUCUGUACUCUGAAUCUGCCCCUGAUGUCACACCCAAGACGUCUGGGCCUGCAGGCAGGGUAAGCAGUGCAGCAUGGGAGGCCGACAGUGACGAGGAAGUACUUGGGGAGGUCCAGAAGCUACACCCACAUGUGUAUUCCAACAAGCAGCUGUUCAGCAUCCCGGAGGUUACCGAGGAAGAGGACAACAGUGAGUCCGAGCCUCGUUCCAGACCUGGAAAACCUCAACCACGUGCACAUGAGGCUAGCUUUCAUCCCUCAUCCCAGUACAAAGCCAAAAUCCAAGACCUGAACGCACAGCUCAGAGGGACCACACAGGUCCGCCGGCGGCUCGGCGUGCACUACGCUAACGCGAUAGACGCCACCAGCUGCGAGGACGAAGACUCGGACAGCAGUCUGUACUCCGGGCCCUGCAGCAGGAAGGUGAUGAUGCGCCAAGCGCACCGAGCACACCAUGACAGGGACCGACUCCGCAGGGAGGCCCUACUUCGCCGCCAGAUGGCGUCCGACCAGGAAGCGCAGAGGCCGUACUUACUGAGUAGGACGGUUCGCCAUGUGAAAACGCCAGCUGUGGAGAUCGAUGUGGAGUACGGGACGGAUAACGAUGACGAGCCGGCAGGGUUCCAACCUGGAGAGGUCCUGGUGGAGCAGAUGAGCUCGGAGUGGUGGGUGGAGGGAGGAGACCGUAAUUUCCACCAUGCAGCACCUAAACAACUGUCCAAACACGCACCGCCUAACGUAGGGUCAUCAAUCCAACACUCAUGGGAAGCAGCAGGUCUGGGAGAUUCAGGAGCGGCCUGGUGUAGCCCCAAAGACUUCUCUCCAAAAUUGAAGAGCUCGGAGACCAGAGUUGUCGCAGAUCAAGUGAGGAUUUUCGUGGCCCUGUUCCCAUACGAUCCCGCAACGAUGUCACCCAAUCGGGACGCUGCAGAUGAGGAGCUUCCAUUCAAAGAGGGACAGAUCAUUAAGGUCUAUGGGGAGAAGGAUGCAGAUGGUUUUUACCAGGGUGAGUCUGGAGGUCGUCAUGGUUACGUGCCCUGUAACAUGGUAUCCGAGAUCCAGGUGGAUGACGAGGAGACGAGAGCCCAGCUCCUACAUCAGGGCUUUUUAUCCACUGAGGGUCCCAUAGAGAAGAUUGGCACGUGCUUACUCGCUCAGCAUCCGCCCCGUCCGGCCCCGCCGCCCAAACCUAGACGCUCCAAGAAAGUGGAAUCGACAGCCGUAUGGGAGGAUACGUCCACCAUCGAUUCCUCCAGUCAAGAAAACAGUCGACAUUUAGGAGUUGCCAUGGGAACCCCAACACCUCGCAGGAUGGUGGCUGUCUUUGAUUACGAUCCAAGAGAAAGUUCACCAAACGCUGACGUUGAGGCUGAGCUGAUCUUUAAUGCAGGGGAUAUAAUCUAUGUUUUUGGAGAUAUGGAUGAUGAUGGCUUCUUUUAUGGAGACUUGAAUGGUCAGAAAGGCUUGGUACCGUCCAACUUCCUGCAGGCCUUUCCAGAGACCAGAGAGGAAACAGUAGCUGAACACAGAAUACCUCACAGCCGCAGAGACUCGCAGGUAAGCCAGACCGCAUCAUUACGCCAGCCGGAUCCUGUAACACCCAGUCCCCAAGACGAGAGCCCACGAAACCAUGCGGAACAAAGUUCCAGCCCUGAUCAGCACCACAACCUUCGUCUAGACCUCUGUCCAGAACUCCUGCCUGGUCCCUCUUCAUCCACAGUCCCGCUUUCCAUCUGCGUUCAGCCCUCGGACGGACACUCGCUCACCAACACCUCUCCUCCUGGCAAAAAGAAAAAAGGCUUCUUCUCUAAAGGGAAGAAACUGUUCAAGAAGCUGGGAUCCAGCAAGAAAGAAUAACUGCACUGCUGAAUAAAAGACUGCGACCUUGAAUCGUUUGCUGCUUGCACUUUCUUCCACGUCGACGUUGAUUCGCCUGACGUUAAAGUAUCUGUGAUUUAUUGGUAGGUGUGAGGGAGUGAGUGAGCUAGUUAUCACUACAUGUAGUCAUAAAUAGUGCAUGAUUUUUUUUGCCUAAUAGAGGAUGGUUCCUCUUGCUUUGCUUCAAAGCCGAUUUAAAGUUUGUUAAGCCCAGGUGGUAAAACACUCAACUCAAAGCUGAACUGUUUCUUAAUCAUUUAAUUAGACUAUAAGUAAGACUAGUUAGCAGCUGGAAUGAUUUACUUUCUGGUUACUUUAUCAAAAUAUAGGUUUUCCUGGUGUUUAGUUAUGACUUUUCAAAAGACGGGAGUAUCUGAGUCAAUGUGGGAGUUGGCUAUGGCCAAAGUCUAAGUCAGUCUAUAGUACAAAUGAAAUCAACAUCUGGAAUGUUGAAAUGAUUUCAUGGAUUGUUUGGUUCAGUUUUUGCAAAGUUGCAUUUGAUGUGCUGUUGCUUGUGCAGUGCCAUAUAACCCCCCCAAAUCGUCUGGACUGGGCGGCCACUUGAACAACGAUUGGCUGUUUACAGGGUUGGUAAGUCGGACCAGGGUUGCUCAUAACGGGUGCAAUUAUGACCUCUGCUGGCUGAUUGAUGGCGUCUGCGCAGAGUUGGGGAGUAAUACUGAUCAGGGUGUGGCUCUCUGCACAAGGCUGAUCUGCAUAAGAACUCGCCUCGUGCAGGUGAAAAGGGGCAGUCGGUACUGCACACGUGUCGGAGGGGGCGUGUGUCAGUUGCAAAGCUUUUCAGUCAACAAUAGAGGGUUGUAUCGGUAGAGGUGAAGCCUGGCGCAAUCAGGGUAGUUGGAUACGACUAGAUUAGGGGAGAAAGUUGGGGGAAACAUUCCAAGAAAAGGAGAAAAUAAAAACAUCCUCCACCAUACUUCACAGGUAGCACUUGGCAGUCUUGAACUUUACCAUAACAGUACCUGUAGCUGACCGGAACCGUUCUAGUGGUAAUCAAAGAAUAAGUGAACUCAAAGGCAAUAAAAAACAACCUUUCUAAAUGACAUAGUAAAUAUAAUAUUUAGUAUUUUGACAAUAAAACUUUGACCCACUUGAUGACGGAUCGUAUUUAAAUUAAUAUUAUUUUUGAUUGUGUUUGAUUUGUAUUGUAAAAUCAUGUCUCAGGUGUAGGUGGAAGCUGGGCAGCACUGUGUGUCAUUGUGGUCUCAGCUAAUCUAGGACGAGUUUUACAUCUUGCCAAAUUUUUUGGUGCUCUUUAUGUUGCUGGUGAUUUGAAGACCAGUGAUAAGAUGACAGCUGAUCAGCUGAUGAGUCAAAGCACUAGCGAUGCAUUACACAGGAAGUACAGGUAGAUCUUCAAAACGCAAUGUAGAUCAAGCAUGGUAGUUUUAACACUUUCUAUUGAAGCAUUUAAACUGGAAGCACUGGAUUGUAAAGUCUCUCUCGCUCUCUCUUUAGCUUGUAUCUAACGUUUUCUAGCUUUUAGCCAAGCACUGAUCCAUAAUCUGCACUAUAAUCCUAAAACUUGCUAUAAGGCCACAUUCACAAGGACAUUUUUUGGAAUAAUGCCCUCCUGGUGUUGAUUUCUAUCUCAAUGCUUUCUGUUAACAAACACUAAAUGGCCAAACGUAUGUGGAAACAUGGCCAUGACCUAGUUGGACAUCCCAUUCCAAAACCAUGGGUGACUAAUAUGGAGCCAUAAUCUCCAUUUGCAGCUAUAACAGCCACCACUCUAUCAACCCAGAGUAUUGAGUUCAUUGCUUCUGUUCAGACCAAUAGUGUUCAGUCAUACCAGACCCAUCAAACCAAGACUUGGUCCAAGGUUGGGUGAAAAUAAAAUUGCCUAAUGACCACUCUGGUCUCUCUGUAUUCUUCUACCGCUCAUAUCAGCACAUUAAAUUCUCUCUCUCUUGGAUACGGCCACUUGUGUUUGUGACAUCUCUGAGACUUAGGGCCUUGAUAGGUAGAGCAUCAGGCUUUUAAUCUUAAUCUGAGAUUCCAGGGUUCAAACUCCCUGUUCAGCCAGGACAGUGGUAGCCUAUUGGAUAGGGCUUUGAGCUAUCAACUGAAUGGUUGAGAGUUUGAAUCCCAGCUCUGCCAUCCAGCCACUGUUGGGGCCUUGAGCAAGGUUCUUAACCCUCUCUGCUCCAGGGGCUCCGAACAAUGGCUGACCCUGCGCUCUGAAGAAAGAAUUUUGUUGUACUGUACAUCUGUAUAUGUAUAUAUGACAAAUAAAGGCAUUCUAUUCUUCUAUUCAUUCUGCUUAAUCCAGGGUCUCUGAAGUAGCUCAUUAGCACAUUAGUCUGCUGUGCCACCUUAUCCUGUGCAUUUUCAUUCUGAUUAGGCACGGAUGUGUGGUUUGAGACCUGAGGUUUUUUAUUAAAACAAUGGCAACAAUGUCCUUGUGAAUGCUGCCUCACUGACGUUUGCAGGUCUGUAUAACCUGUACGCUUUACGCUAGCCUGCUAGUACGUAUACUGUAGGUCAUAAUAACUUCCUAGCCUUAUGAGACGUUAUUUAGUCUUACUUGUAAUGUUUACUUCGACUCUACUGACUGCAUGCAUAAUAGUCGCACUCGUACACGGCCUUAUUUAUGAAUCUAUAACUAAAUAUAGUCAUUUGCAUUGCUUUGUAGUAUUUUUUCCACUGGAUGCAGUAACGGCCAAGUUGAUGUGAAGCACCCAGCCCAGUGCUGGUGCUUUUCUCUGUGUAUAAUGUACAGUGUGCAGGUUUGUCCGAGAGGCUGUGUUAUCAUGUUUAUCGGUUCUGGCUUCUGGAAGGAAGUACUGGAAUGUUAACAUGUUUUGUAAAAAGGUUUUUGUAAGCAGUUUUUGACAAAUGUGUAAAUAUGGUCUGUUUUUGUUUUUAACAAUGUAUUUUCUGUUUUUUUGCAUGUUGAUUUAAGGAUUUGACUGAUGGCUUAUAACAUUGUUGCUUAAUAAGAGGCCGUUGUCAUUUACAGGACAUUUUUACAGAAAUAAAAUCUAUUU